AUGACGCUCGACCCCGCCCCCUCGCACGCCUCCUCCCCGGCCCCUUCGGGCGGGCCCACGAUCCGGCCGGACGACCUGACCGACCCCCGCGUGCUGGCCUUGAUCAGCGAGCACCUGGCCGACAUGCACAGCGUGACCGAGGACCCUGCGAACGUGCAUGCGCUCGACGUGAGCGCGCUGCGGGGGGACAAGGUGGCCUUCUACACGGCAUGGGAGGGCGACGAGACUCUGCUCGGCAUGGUUGCCAUCAGUUCUAUCGACGCGCGGAACGGCGAGAUCAAGAGCUUGCGCACGACGACCGCCGCGCGCGGCAAGGGCGUCGGCCGCGCGCUUGUCCGCUUCCUUGACACCGCGGCGCGCGAGCGCGGCAUCGCCACGCUCUGGCUCGAGACGGGCGUCGAGCCCGAGUUCCUGCCCGCGCGCAAGCUUUACCUCUCGGAAGGGUACGUCGAGUGCCCUGCGUUCGGCAAGUACCAGGACGGCGUGGGCAGCGUGUUCAUGAAGCGCGAGGUGGCUUAG